AGUUACAGGAGUGAUCAUGAGAAGACGGAAAAGUGCCAGCUAGCCCCGACAGGAUCUGCUAUUAGUUGGGGAAACAAAGCUGUCUACAUUUCUAGUGGCAACUAGAGUCCAAUAUGGCUAAUAUCACCAAGAAAGUGUCGUGGUCCAGCCGAGGCGACGAGUCUGCGUUGGUCGGGGAGGAGACACCGCUGCUGAACGGCUCCGAGCAGCCUAGACCCCUCAGACAGAUGUCAAGCGGAAACACAAUAUUUCAGAUAGACAGACUCAGCACGGUGGAUUUGGAAGAGGAGAUAACCACCGAAGAGGAUCCAGGAAGGGGGCGACCCAAAGAGAUCCCUCACAAUGAGAAGCUGCUGUCGCUUAAAUUUGAGAGUCUUGACUAUGAUAACAUUGAAAACCAGCUGUUUCUUGAGGAGGAGCGGAGGAUGAGCUUCAUGUCUUUUCGCUGUCUGGAGAUCAGUCGGUGGGUUAUCUGCGGGCUGAUCGGCUUCCUGACGGGCCUCAUCGCCUGUUUUAUAGACAUCGUGGUGGAACAGCUGGCUGGAAUCAAAUACAAAGUGAUCAAAGAGAAUGUUGUAAAGUUUACAGAAGCAGGUGGACUGUCCAUCUCCCUCAUCCUCUGGGCUGUCCUCAACUCUUCCUUUGUCAUGUUGGGAGCCGUCAUGGUUGCUUUCUUUGAGCCCAUCGCAGCAGGAAGUGGGAUUCCUCAGAUAAAAUGUUACCUAAAUGGAAUCAAGAUUCCCAGGGUGGUACGCCUUAAGACUUUGGUGAUUAAAGUGUGUGGUGUAAUCUGCUCCGUGGUCGGUGGUCUGGCAGUAGGGAAGGAAGGCCCAAUGAUUCAUUCUGGUGCUGUUGUAGCAGCUGGGGUCUCGCAGGGAAGGAGCACUUCCUUAAAACGAGACUUUAAGAUAUUUGAAUACUUCCGUAGAGACACAGAAAAAAGGGACUUUGUUUCUGCUGGAGCUGCAGCUGGAGUUUCUGCUGCAUUUGGAGCUCCAGUUGGCGGUGUUUUGUUCUCUCUAGAGGAGGGAGCCUCUUUCUGGAAUCAGAUGUUGACAUGGAGGAUUUUCUUUGCCUCCAUGAUCUCCACCUUUACCCUGAACUUCUUCCUCAGUAUAUAUCAUAAUAAACCAGGAGACCUUUCCAAUCCAGGUCUCAUCAAUUUUGGACGCUUUGAGAGUGAAGCGAUGGCGUAUAACCUCUAUGAGAUUCCUUUGUUUAUUGCUAUGGGAGCUGUAGGUGGGAUUUUGGGAGCCUUGUUCAAUUUUCUCAACUACUGGCUGACGAUCUUCAGAAUCAGAUACGUUCAUCGGCCGUGUCUGCAAGUGAUGGAGGCCAUGUUGGUCGCCGCAGUGACCGCGACGGUGGCUUUCACCAUGAUCUACUUCUCCACUGACUGUCAGCCUCUAGGGCCGGAUCACACUGAGGAGUACCCACUGCAGUUAUUCUGUGCCGAUGGAGAGUAUAACUCUAUGGCCACCGCCUUCUUCAACACUCCUGAGAGAAGCGUGCGUAGUCUCUUCCACAAUCCGCGAGGAACCUACAACUCUCUGACGCUGGGUUUGUUCACACUGACCUACUUCCUCCUGGCGUGUUGGACCUACGGCCUGGCGGUGUCUGCUGGUGUGUUUAUCCCUUCUCUCCUGAUUGGAGCAGCCUGGGGGAGACUGUGUGGAAUACUGCUGGCCUCUACAACUUCUACUGCCUCAAUGUGGGCCGACCCUGGUAAAUAUGCCCUGAUCGGAGCUGCUGCUCAGUUAGGUGGCAUUGUGAGAAUGACCCUCAGCUUGACGGUCAUCAUGGUGGAGGCAACAGGCAACGUCACGUACGGCCUUCCGAUCAUGCUUGUACUUAUGACGGCCAAGAUAGUAGGAGACUACUUUCAAGAAGGUUUAUACGACAUCCACAUCAAGCUGCAGAGCGUUCCCUUCCUGCACUGGGAGGCUCCUGCCACCUCCCAUUGGCUCAUAGCCAGGGAGGUGAUGAGUUCUCCGGUUACCUGCCUGAACAGAAUAGAGAAGGUUGGAACCAUUGUGGACAUCCUCAGCAACACUUCUACCAAUCACAACGGCUUCCCUGUCGUCGUGCAGGUUUCUGCUGAUGAUGAGCCGGCUAAACUAUGUGGCCUCAUACUCCGCUCUCAGCUCAUUGUUCUUCUAAAGCACAAGGUGUUUGUGGAGCUAGCUCGCGCCCGGCUCACUCAAAGGAAGCUCCAGCUGAAAGAUUUCAGGGAUGCAUACCCCAGGUUUCCACCGAUCCAAAGUAUCCACGUGUCUCAGGAUGAGAGGGAGUGUAUGAUGGACCUCACAGAGUUUAUGAACCCAACUCCGUACACUGUACCACUGGAGACAUCUCUUCCUCGUGUGUUUAAGUUGUUCAGAGCGCUCGGACUCAGGCAUCUAGUCGUGGUUGAUGACGAGAACAGGGUGGUUGGGCUGGUGACCAGGAAGGACUUGGCCAGGUAUCACCUGGGUAAACACGGACUGGAGGAGCUUCACUUGGCUCAGACAUAGUACACACAGAUGCACAUUGACAAUAACACAUCUGAUGCCUCAGAGGCCACCAGCCUUCCUUCAAGCCUGAGAGAUCGAUGCUUAGCACAACAGUCACCCCCAUGUGAAAUAAGUGUAAACCAAAUUAUUGUGGUUUGUAGUUUAAGACUUUUAAAGUUAUUUUCUGUGUUUGUGCUUACGUUUAAAUACGGCAGGAUUUCUUCAAAUAAAAGCCGUUUUCUGCAUAAAAUUAUUUAUACUUCCCUCCCUUGAAAUGUAACAAAACAAGACAGGGACCAGGUUUAGUUUGGCUAUAGCGGUAAAUCAUUAAUCAGGUUUCUGUCUGUUUGGUUUGUCACUCCAUCACCUUUACAUUGAAGGGUAAUUUCUGCUUUGGGCUCCUGCUGUUGAAUUAUUAGAGAUUUGAGAUUCUUUAUUUCUUUCAAGUUAGUUUUUGAGUGUUUAAGUUCAAAUAUUGGUUAAUGUGACUAUAUUUUGUAGUAUGUGUGUGUUUUGAACUGAGAGAAAUAUGUUAUUUAUUCAUUUUGGGGACCUGUUUUAACUUAAAGAGAAUCGUCUGAACUCAUGCAUAGUCAAAGGCCUUUUAUAUCAAAUUAUCACAUCUUUUUCUGUUUAACAUGCACAGAUUGCAUUACUCCUGAGAGCGAAUGCUAGAUUGAUACUUAAGGUAUGAACAUAUCUUCGGUAAAUCCCCGCUGAAGGUUUGGACUAUUUCGUGAAAGUGUGAAGAUCUCCAUGUCAUGAAGCUUUAUGUAAAUGAAAUUUUGGAAGAACAUUGUACUAAUUUAUGUUGGUCAGAAACAGAACAUUUAAUGUUUGAUUUUUAUGUCUGUUUGUCCUUAGUCAACAGUAUUAAGAUUUUGUGCACUUCACUGUUAAACCAUUGAUUUUUAGGGUACAUGGUGGCGCAGUUGGUAGCACUGUUGCCUUGCAGCAAGAAGGUCCUGGGUUCGAUUCUUGGCCUGGGGUCUUUCUGCAUGGAGUUUGCAUGUUCUCCCCAUGCAUGCGUGGGUUCUCAC